ACUCAGACAGUGGUUAGUAACAAUCCAAUAAAAUGGAAGGGAAAGGGAACGAAAAGAGUUCGAGUUCUGGUUCGAGUCCCGGUCCGAGUCCUUGUCUGUGCAAAUACGUGGAUCCAUCGAGUGAAGAGUCUCACAGAUACUAUCUAGCGCGGCGCAACACCUUGGAGAUGCUGAGAGACAGAGGAUACGAAGUCUCCCUCGAAGAUAUCAAUCUCUCCCUCCAAGAUUUUCGCACUGUUUACGGUGAACGUCCUGACGUUGACCGUCUCCGUAUCUCCGCUCAUCAUCGCUCCGAUUCUUCCAAUAAGGUCAAGGUUGUCUUUUUUGGUACUGGUAAGGUUAAAGUCAACACAAUCCGCAGUGUUGCAACAGAGAUACUUAACCAAGAGACCAUAACCGGACUGAUACUGGUUCUGCAAAACCAAGUAACCGAUAAAGCCUUGAAAGCCAUUGAGCUUUUCACUUUUAAGGUCGAGUUAUUCCAGAUAACCGACUUGCUAGUCAACCUAACAAAGCAUGUACUGAGCCUGCCUCAUCGUGUUCUGAAUGAUCAAGAGAAGAAAGCACUUCUCAAGCAAUUUAAUAUCGAGGAAAAACAGCUUCCUCGGAUCUCAAAGAAAGAUGCUGUUGUGAGGUACUAUGGAUUAGAGAAAGGUCAAGUUGUGAAAGUUGACUACACAGGCGAACUCACUGACUCCUAUGUUGCCUACAGAUGUGUGUGCUGAAGUGAAACCAAUUAAUAAAAAUAAUCAUUUUGUUGUAACUUAUUUUCGGCAAAAACUUCUGAAGAUGCCUUGUAGGUUUUAUUCUCCUUUUGGACAAGAUCCUUUGCUUUAAACACAAGACUAAGUUUUUAGUUAAAAAAUGUAUUAAAAGAUCCUUUGCUUGUUCUUGAAAACAUUUCCACUUAUGUUCUUCCCUUAAAAAGAACAGUUUAUGUACAUUUUAGU